AAAGCAUGCUAGUCCAUAGUAACUUUACAGGUUUGUGACUAGGUAAUUACUUUAUAAUGGAUAAAACGGCUGAUUCUGAAUCUUCAGAAACGAAUCUAGUGAUAAUACCGCGAAGAGAUCGGUUAAAGCUGUUCUGCAGGACUUACUGGAGAACGCUAGUUGUGUUUAUUACUCCUAUAAUCUUAUUACCAAUAGUUUUUAUUACUACUGAAAGAGCUUACAAAAGUUUCUAUGUCUUUCUGAUGAUGAUUGUAUUCUGGACAUUGGAUGUGCUACACCCCAGCGUGUUAGCCAUAAUUCCCAUCGCGAUAUCCUGUAUUUUGGACGGCUUAGGCAAGAGUUUCAUUAGCGAGAUGUAUGUGCGGAAUGAUCUACUAGAUUGUUUUGGUGUUUUGAUAAUCGUAAUAGCUGUAGAAAAUUGUAACGUACACAAGAGGCUUGCCUUAAAAGUUUUGCUGGUCUUUGGGUGCUCACAUUACAGAUUAAGUUUUCUUUUAUUUUUCACAAGUACAUUUUUAUCAAUGUGGGUAUCGAAUACUCUGGCCUGUGGACUGAUGAUGCCAAUUGUGAAAGCUAUACUUCUUGAACUGGAAAAGAUGGGAAUAUUGGAAAUGUACCAAACAGUCGGCAAAGCUCAGCAGAUAUCGACACGACAUGAACAAAAUGUACCCAGACCUUCAGACAUUACCGUAUUUUAUUAUCUGGGAAUUGCAUAUUCAUCAUCUAUAGGAGAUAUGGCGACAAUGAUGGGCAGUCAGACUAACCAAUUAUUCAAGAUUUACUGUGAGACGAUAUUUCCAGCGGGCCCCAAGAUCGAGUUCCCUCAUUUCAUGCUGCUAAACUUGCCAGGAGUUCUUGUCAUGGAGACUUUGUUAUACUUAUGGAUGAAUUUCAACUUUCUUGGAAUGUUCAGAAAUCGAAGCACAAUAGAAGUAGCCAUGACAGAAGAGGAAACCCAAUACAUGAACACACUGCUGGCAACACAGUAUCAGCAGAUGGGAAAAGUCCAGUUUCAUGAGUUCGUGGUGGCGUCUAUAGCGGUCCUGGCAUGUCUCCUGCAAGCCACGAUCAGCACAGCGCAUAUCGACCAAGCGAUACACAGUAGCACCGAGUUCCAUAACCAUUUCCGAGUUUCGUCGCCAUGUUUAAUAUGUGUUACUAUAUUAUUCUUGAUGCCUACUAAACUGGAUUUCAUGAAGUAUUUCAAGAAAAAUGCAGAAGGCAACAACGAUCCUUUGCCAUCCACACAAUCAAAAUCAUGCCUUAACUGGAACAUGGUGCACACGGAAAUGGAAUGGAGUGUCCUAUUAAUUACGGCCGGCAGCAGUACCCUCUUCGAAUCCCUAAAGGACUCCGGCAUGCACGCCGAGUUUGAGUCGUUCCUGCUGCUGUUCGAGGGCUGGCCACCGUAUGCUCUCGUCUUCAUCAUAGUGGUGUUCUGCAAGAUCUUGACAGAAUUUGCCUCCAACUUCUGUGUUGUGUAUGGACUACUGCCGACUAUUGCGAGGGUGAGUGUGAUAUGCGGUAUAAAUCCUCACUAUCUGAUGAUGUCCGCGACGUUGGCCAGCUCACUGCCCUUCCACCUGGUCACAGGGGCUGGUGUCAACGCCAUGGUCUGUGCCUACGUCCAUAUACCGCCUUGGAGAAUGAUGUACGCAGGCCUCGGUCCGUCGCUAAUAGCUAUAAUCGUGGUGUGGUUGACAGUCGCUGUGUGGUCUACGGCCAUCUGGACAGACAUAACGCUCGACCCUGACUGGUCGGACGUCAAUGUGUUCCAAAUAUUUAGGAAAGGUUGAAGAGA